AUGGCGGGGGUGAUAAACAUGGCGGCGGUGACGCGGCCUGUGGAGGUGGAUAACAACCUGUCGCUGCGAGUGUACCUGCGACUGGCCAAGAACUUGCAACACCUGGCUGACGUGUACCGCUGCGAGGGCAACAAGCUACAGCUCUACGUGCUCCUCAUCCGAUUCAUCAGCCUGGCGACAACCACUAUACCGCAGCACAAGGAGUACCGCAGCCAAUCGCACCUGCUCGCCCUCACCAGCCUCAAACGGCAAGCCCUGGCAGCACUGGACGAGUGCGAGCAGCUGAAACCAGCAGUGGCUCGCCUCAACGGCACGAGCCUGCUCUCCUUCGAAGAGGAUUACCCUCCAGAGGAGAACGGUGUUGUCCCCGUCUACUUCCCCACCUCCCCGCCCCGCCGCGCCUCCUCCCUCGCCUCCUUCUCCUCCUCCUCCUCCGCCUCUCCCGUCUCCUCCACCACUUUCAUCUCGUCCCUCUCCCCUUUUCCGGACUCCUCCUCAUAUUCCUUCUCCUCCUCCUCUUCAACUGCCCCAUCCUUGUUCACGUCUCGUGCCAGUUGGCCAGGAUAUGGACCUAGCAGCAUGGAUACCGGUGCUGGUUCUGGUGGUGUGGUCGCAGUGGACAGUAACAGUGGUUUCUACAGCUAUGGGAGCAACGGGAGCAACGGAUAUAGUGCUGAUCUUGGUGGUGGCUAUAACGGUGGUGGCUACAGUGGUAGCAGCAGCAGUAGCAGCAGCAGCAGCAGCAGCAACGGUAGUGCUGUGUUGGCCGGGAUUGGAGCGACAGGGGCGCUUAGCUUGGGAAUGGAUCUAGACGUCUGGGCCCAGUCUCUGACGCAGCCCCAGCAGGGGCAGGAAGCAGCCCUAUCUCUCGCCAUUCCCAGCACCACUUCCUCGUGGUCCAACCCGGCUGCUUCAACAACCUUGUUGGAGCAACAACAACACCCUCAGCAGCAACAGCAGCAGCAGCAGCCGUUUUAUUAUCAGCAGCAGCCGCAGCAGCAGCAACAGCAGCAGUGGUAUCAGCCCCAGAACAGCAACAGCAUGGAUCUGCUGUCCGGAAUAGGCUCUCUCUCUCUAACCACUGCUGCUCUGCCUGCCAUAGCGUCUGCUGCCACUGUCGCAACCUCCAUAGCUCGCCCUCUUACAUCAUCUUACAGCUCCUUCUCUCUCCCCCAGCCGCGGAGUGAGGCCCUGUCUCGCCACUCCCUCGUUUCCUUCCCGUCUUCCGCGCCUCGCCAACGAGCCUUGGCUCCUGUCCAGGUGUCAUAUCCCACCAAGAUUGACUCGUCUCCUAUAGAGCUUCCAGAGUAUGUUCCUCGGUUCCUCGGUGCCGGUUCAGGGGCAGGAGGAGCAGCAGCGCCAGAUCCUGCUGGAAACGACCCUUCAGCUAUUCAACCACCUUCUGCUGCUGCUGCUGCGGCUGCUGCUGCUGCAGCCGUGACAUCUAGUGUAGCGGCGGCGUCGGCGGCAGCCGCGGCGGGAGGAGUAGGGGCAAGAGGGAGAGAAGCGCAGUCAAAUGGAGGUACUGGGUUGCCAUCGCCACUGGUUCAGCCGGCUCCUCCUCCUGCCAACGCUCCCCUGCAGGAGGUUUCUCUGCCUGGUGUGGGCCGGCCCGAGCACUCCCACACGCACCAGCACGAGCAGAAGAAGCAGAAUCACCGGUUGCAGCAGCAGCAUGAGCAGCAGCUGGUGGUGGGAGGGGCACUGCCGGAGAGGAGUGGUGGUGGGGGCAAGGUCAGGAAGACGUCAGGGCCCAAGGGAGUGAAGGCCGUGCACAUUUCCACGCGAAUGAUGGACGAGUUCAUGCGUGUGGUCAUAGACAACACCUCCCGCAACCUAGAGACUUGUGCUGUGCUCGCUGGCUCUCUGAAGAAGGGGAUGUUCUUUGUCACAGCGCUUAUCCUGCCUAAACAGCACUCUACUUCUGAUUCGUGUUCCACGACCAACGAGGAGGAGAUCUUUGAGGCACAGGACAAGCUGGGCCUCUUCCAACUCGGCUGGAUACAUACCCACCCGACUCAAUCGUGCUUUAUGUCGUCCAUAGACGUGCACACACACUACUCCUAUCAGGUGAUGCUGCCAGAGGCCAUUGCCAUUGUCAUGGCUCCCAUGGACCCUAGACGCAAGUUUGGCAUAUUCCGUCUGACAGAUCCGGGGGGAAUGAAGGUGAUUCAGAAGUGCCCUCUGCGGGGUUUCCACUCCCACGAGCCUACUGAGGAUGGAAGCCCCAUUUACACGCACAGCUCGCAUGUGUUUUUCAACCCCAAGAUCAAGUUUGACGUGGUGGACCUUCGCUGA